UUUGUUCCUUAAUCUAAAGAAACAGCUCAGUUUCUCAGAUUGAUGGGUUUCUGCUCUUUUCAGUAAACAGAGGUCCUUUUAUUAAGAGUCUACCUGAAAGAUGAGAAAGGUGGAGAAAAAAAGAGACUGAUAACAUCGUAGGUAGAUACUGUGACAUGUAUUUACUCAACUAUUGAACUACAAACACUUAAAAUGUAGCUUUCACAGUCAUUUAUUCUAUACAUAUACAUUAGAAUGACUUUUUGCUAUACUUUAUUGCAAGGUGCCCUUGUUACAGUGCAACAACCAAGUAGACCCAGUAAUGUUACUUAACAACACGUCCUUUACUAUAGGUUUAAGUGUCAGUUUCUUGUAUUCGUGUGUCAUUUUCUGUUAUUAAGUAUAUGUAACAAGAACACUAACCGAAUAUUCUGUACAAAGGAAAGCUUUGUGUAAUAAUAACAGCACACAUCAACCGCCUAUAGGUGUCACUUGACGUUAUUUACAGCCAUCCAAUCAGCGUGCAUGUAACAGAGGAUGGGGUAAUGUCUCUUUUGUGAUUGGUUACGCGGUAGGCUGGGAUGAUGGACGCACCCCGGUGAAUGCGGUCUGACAUUCAUACUCAGCAAAAUGUCCCCGCGCAUCUCAUGACUCUGAGGAGGAUUACAGAAGGUGCUUCUCUGCUGCUUACUGGAACUGUAGGAAAUGACGUCGUGAAGGUGUCUGUCAGUUAUCUUGGCGAAUACGUUAAUAAUACGCCGCGUCAUUCGCUGGCAGACUCAGAAUUACUUUUUUUGAAGUGACAUUGAAGAGCUUGUCCAUCACCUGUUUCCGGGAAUCCCGAGGUCGAGACAUGGAUUUCGUUCUCGGCGGCGUCGCUGCCUGCGGCGCCUGCUUUUUCACGAACCCCCUGGAAGUGGUCAAAACGCGAAUGCAACUGCAAGGGGAGCUUAAAAGCCGAGGAACCUACCAAGUGUAUUACAGGAACGUGUUUCACGCGUUUUACACGAUAGGCAAAAUAGAUGGACUGGCUGGUCUUCAGAAAGGUUUGGCCCCCGGCUUGGUUUAUCAGUUUUUUAUGAACGGGGUCCGGCUGGGGUCGUACGCCAUCAUCGAGUCCUUGGGCUACAUUCACACGGACGGAAGGGUCAGCGCCGCGAAGAGCACGGUGUCCGGGGCUAUCGCCGGUGUGAUGGGCGCUGUCAUGGGCAGCCCGAUAUACCUGGUAAAAACACAUCUCCAGAGUCAAUCUACUUCCUCCAUUGCAGUUGGACACCAGUACAAGCAUAGGGGAAUGAUGCAUGCUCUACUGGCCAUCUACAAACAGCAUGGAAUUCUGGGUUUGUGGAGGGGGGCCAGUGCAGCAGUCCCAAGGGUCAGCGUGGGGUCAGCUGCUCAGCUCUCUACUUUCUCUGCCUCUAAAGAGCUGGUCACUGACCUACAGGUGUUCUCUGAGGGCAGCUGGUUGAUAGCUCUGAGUGCUGGUAUGAUCAGCAGCGUAGUGGUUGUAUUAGCUAUGACACCUUUCGAUGUGGUCAGCACUCGACUCUACAACCAGCCUGUGGAUCAUCUCGGCAAGGGUAUAUUUUACAGAGGGUUUGCGGACUGUUUCUCUAAGACGUUGAAGAAGGAAGGCACGACUGGCUUGUAUAAAGGUCUCGGAGCUUCCUACUUCCGCCUCGGACCUCAUACCAUCCUUUCUCUGCUUUUCUGGAAUGAGCUGCGCACUUUAUACCAACGCUACAGUUAGCAUCUUGUUAUUGCCUGCAACAGCAAAUAAGCACAGAGGUACGAAAGGCUAAAGCUAAAGGGUGGCAUUAGAUACAGCAGAGAUGGAGCAGAGUACUAACUGCUUUUAUAAAAUAAGACUUUUUUUUUAUUAAAACAUUAAGCAUUCAUGUGGCAGCCUUCCACUAGAACACUAUAGUUCCUGAUAUAUAACAAUGUUGCUAUGCAACAAAAAAGUAAUGAUGUGCCAGCUGUGCCAUGAUGUGGUGAACAGAGCCAUUACCAUACAUUAUAUGAUAAUAAUAAAACAGCUGGAAGUCUUUCAAUUAUCUUCUUUUUUUAAUAAUAAUUUAACUCAAUUAGAAUAUACUGUACUGUACAAAGCAGGAUGGAAUAUUAGCUGAUCACUAUGCUUUUAUACAAUCACACUCCAGCAUAUUUGCAUAUGGUUUUAUAGAGAUCAGAAUUCAUUUGCUGAAUUCCUGAUUGUCACGUGCUCCAUAUGUCUAAUUAGCCAAGACUAUAAAGCAGCUCCAACAUUACAGUUCAAGAUUAUUUCUACACAUUUUUAUUCUGAUUUAUAAAAUAAGUUUUGCAUCUUGCGAUCUGAGAAACCAGUGGUGCAAAAUAGUUACAAGAAGGAACUUCUUUAAACAAACAUUUACAUCAUUGGUAAUGUGGUCAAGUGGAAUAACUGAACAAUUACAUUUUUGAAAAAUAAUGCAUAAAAGGCAUAAAAUAUGUUUUCAUAAUGAACUUUUAUGUCAUUAUUUUUUUAUUGACCUUAUUGACCCUUUUCUUAACGAUUAAAUGUAACCUGCUGCAACAGAAUCACUUGGCUAAGCUAAUUUAUUUCACAGAAGCAUUAAUCAUAUAAUGUACUGUAAAUGUUUUAUUCUCAUGCAGAGAUUGCAUGGAAGGACUUUAACACAACUGGUCUUCUCAUGUUUCCCCCCCUUUGACUUGACAACUAUAAUCAGUCUUACUUUGGAGUUAGAAGUUGGGAUGAAGUUGCACUGAACUGGUUAAAAAAAAAUAAAGAGUAUUUUCUCAACCUAUUUUUAAUCUUGUUUGCCAAUGACUUUAAUGGAAGGACCAUAAAUCUACAAAGCAAUAUAUAACCUCUAUCACUUUUGGUAGUACAAGUAACUGUUUAUUGCAUGUUCUUAGAGCUUCUUUGAGAACAUGACAUUAUUUGCAGAGAAUAAGACACUGUUGAGUGGAACAGAGUAAUGGUCACCAUUUGCCUUACACGUGAUGUACUGAAUGGGCUUUUUGAUGCUUUGGAUAAACGAAUGUAACAUUAUUUACCAAAAAAAAAACGUAGGUCUGUAACAUAAAAUAACUUGAGAAUAAAAUAUUUUUAAAAGAA